UUUACCUUCCUUUGACAUUGGGCGUUGUUGAUUAGUCGUUUUAAUUUCUAAAAAAAAGUUUGAACGAUCUAUACGUGGAACCUUUAAAUGGGAAAAGUAUGACAGCCUUCUCACUAGUUGCGAUUCCAAUCUUCGUCUUUCUUUUCGCAGUCAGACACCAAAAACAACUGCUCCAAUGGUUGUCACAGAAGUUGAAAGGAAUACAUUUCUCAAGAAAUGUCUCAAAUCCAUCCGACGUCAAGCGUAUGGCACCAUACCCAGCGCAGCCCAUCAAAGGCAGAGAGCGAUACCGCGUAAUGAUGGACAUUCGCAAACUUGACGCCCAGAACUGGCUCACCCUCGACAAAAACUAUAUGGACGAACACCGGGUCCGGACCCAAUUGCUUCACGAGAAGAGAAAAGAGGUCCUGCGCUGUUUGCCGGAGUCAAUUGAACCGUGCCAGGAGGCAUUGGAAGAAGUUUCAGACUUUCUUUGCGAGAGGUUCCCCAAUAUGUUCGAAAUGUCAAUCCAAGACGGCCGAAAGAUCGUCGACAAUCGCAUGACUGGCGACAAAUUCACUGUCAGCGGGCGCGACCCCAACGAGGGAUUAACAGAGGCACUUGAGGCUGCUGUCCGUCUCACGAUGGAGGAUCUCAGUAUUUUAAUGAUGAACGAGGAAGGGGAAUUCUACCUGGCAGCUAGCGCCAGCCUCUUUCCAACAGGGUGGACAGUGAAUCAGAGAAUUGGCUGGACCAUCUCUCAACUGCAUGGCCCCGUGCCACUGUGGCACCAACAAGUCGCCAAUUCUGUCAGCAAAUUCCUCGCCCGCUUAACACCAACCUCACCAAUGGAACGCUCAAAUUUCUUCGUAGAAGUCAAGGGACCAAGCGAGAACCUGACCGAGAUCCUCUAUCGGCCUGGUUCACUCUGCGAGAAAGAGCUGAGAAGCCCAUUGCCGUCAGAUAUCCUGAUCCGCCGCGAGAGGCAGACUUUCCGUCGACUGCCGCGCACAGGGGCGAUUGUCUUCGGCGUCAAGACGUAUCUCACGCCGUUGGAUGAGCUGCCAAUGGCGGAGCUGGAUAAUCUUGCCAAGGAGAUGAGGAGUUGGCCUGAUUAUGUGGGUGAAUAUAAGGGGAGGGAUGUUUGGGGCGCCAAGGUUUUGGAAUACUAUCGCCAACGGGUUGGUGAGAGUGAAAAGACAGGAAAUGAGGAGCUGAACGAGAAAGAUGAGAGAAUUGAGGUUUGA